AUGGCCACCCCGGAGGCGCCGAGACAAUAUGUCCCUCUGACCUGCCAUGGUCAUUCCCGUCCUGUUCCACACAUCAGUUUCUCGCCUCUAGAGAAGGAUGAUGUUUACUAUUUGAUCUCGGCUUGUAAAGAUGGUAACCCAAUGCUUCGUGACGGCCAGACUGGUGACUGGAUUGGUACAUUCAUCGGCCACAAAGGUGCAGUUUGGCAAGCGAGACUUAGUCCUGAUGCCGCAACUGCCGCAACUGCUUCCGCAGACUUCACUGCCAAAAUCUGGGAUACGCAUACGGGAGAACUCCUGUAUACUCUUCAACAUGACCACAUCGUACGAGCUGUUGCCUACCCACCCGAUAAUUCCGACCUCGUUGCCACCGGCGGGAUGGAGAAGAAGCUGCGUAUUUUCGACUUGACAGAGAUGAAGCCCAAGUCUGCGCCCGAUGCCUCUACGAACGGAAACAAUCCCGAGCCCGCUAUCGUACCGUCCACCAUCCAAGCCUCCUCGGCUUUCGAGAUAGGGUCUGGUAUCCACACCGCCUCUAUCAAAUUCAUAGUUUGGACUAGAGAUCCGAAUAUCCUGAUCACUGCUUCUGACAACACACUCCGUUGGUUUGACUUGCCUACCAGGAGCGUGGUGAAGCAGGAAGUCUUGGACGGAGAAAUUGGUUCCUGCGAGUUUUGUGCCCUGGCUCCAGAAUUUACGUCCAAGACGGACAUCGGCGAGGGGUUGCCAGUCCUCGCGGUAGCUGCUGGGAAAUCUAUUUAUUUCUGGGGCGGCUUCCGCGCCAUGGAUGAGCUGAAGCGCACCAAGAUGAAUUACAAGGUAGCCAGCGUCGCCCUAGACCCUAAGGGAAGGAAGAUCGUCGUAGGCGAAGAUAUUCCGGCAACGUGGGCAAGAGUCUACAGAUGGGACGACGACACAGAGAUAGACAUCCACAAGGGCCAUCACGGACCUGUUUGGUCGGUGGCCUUUUCUCCGGACGGCAAGCUCUACGCUACCGGCUCGGAAGACGGGACGAUCAAGAUGUGGAAGAACUGUGAAGGGUUUUACGGGCUCUGGCGCGGAGGUGCAGGCGGGGGACCGGAGAGGAACGCCGAGUAG